AUGAAAUGGGAUCUGAUCGUGGUGGAUGCACCGAAAGGGUACUCAGAAACCAUGCCAUGGAGGAUGGCCGCAGUAUUCUCCUCUGCCGUCAUGGCACGUAACCGGAAAGGUGCGGGCACGACGCACGUUUUCCUUCAUGAUGUUGACCGUAAAGUGGAGAAGGCUUACGCAAACGAGUUCUUAUGUGAGAAGUAUAGAGUUAAAUCCGCUGGUAGGCUCUGGCACUUUGAGAUACCCAACGCAGCUAACAUGAGCGACCAGCCAGGGGACCGGUUUUGCUAG